AUGCGUGAUGAGUCGACCAGGCAUUUUCGUGAGUUCUGCGAGUUGCAAACCAAGGAAAAUGUCUGGUCACUCACAAAUAGGCUACUCAAAACUGCCACCCCUAGGCGCCCACCAGUUACCCUCAACAGAGACGGUACUUACACCACCGAUAGCCAGGAGACUGCUAAGGCACUUUUGGACCAUUUUUACCCGGGUGACUCACCCGACACCUUACCACGACAUCACGAAUUAAGAUCUGACAUGACCAACUCUCCUCAGUCCCAUUACGACCCUCCCUUCACUCAGGAGGAGGUGUUGGAGUGUUUAAGACAAAUGAAUCCCAAAAAGGCUCCCGGACUCGACAACUUAACAUCAGACAUAUGUUUACAGUUUGCGACAGACUAUCCUAGACUCUUGACUGACAUACUUAACCGCUGUCUUGCACUCCAACACUUCCCUAACCAGUGGAAAACCGCUUUUGUCAAAAUUAUCCCGAAGCCGGGUAAGUCUGACUACAGCGCAUUAGAGUCAUUUCGUCCUAUUGGCCUGGUACCUGUGUUCGGCAAGCUGCUGGAAAAACUGUUCAUUAGAAGAGUCACAUACCAUGCACAACGAAAUAAUCUGUUAAACAAAUUUCAGUUCGGUUUCCGGGAACAGACCAACACGUGCGAAGCUAUAAACACUGCGCUCGAUAUAAUAAGACAAGCGAAAAGCCUUUGCGGACGACGUCCUGCUGGUUGUUACGGCCGCGAGUGCGGGCAAACUGAAAGCGCUGCCAACUUGGCUCUCCAUCACAUAAUCGAGUGGGGAAGAAGCGUCAAGUUGGCAUUCGGCCCUACCAAGACUAAGCUCAUUGCCUUCACUCCUAAGGCUAAGACAGCCAGCAUUAACAUCGACGGACACCGACUUUGUUUUGUUCCAGAGGUGAAACUUUUAGGAGUAAUCCUCGAUGAGAAAUUGAAUUUCGGUAAACAUGUGAAACACGUAGUUAACAGGGCCGUGCGGAUCUUCAACACGCUCUGCAUGUACUCGAGACCCACCUGGGGAGCCCAUCCUGAAAACAUCAGCACCAUCUACCAGCAGGUCAUCGUGCCAACGAUCACCUACGCUGCGGGAAUUUGGGGUCACGUCGCCCAGAAAAGGUGCAUCAGGAGGGCACUCGAGAGCAUGCAGCGCGGGUUUGCCAUCAAGGCUAAUAGGGGAUUCCGUACGGUCUCCACAGCCGCUGCACUAGCGUUAGCCCAAUUCGUACCUCUGACCUGA